UCCAGGAUAGCAGAAUCAGAAAAGGUAGGGCUGCGUAUUAUACCAGUAACAAGUCAGAGAAGAAUGGAGAACAAGAGAAAGAUGAUGAUGUUCUGUCUGCUUUUGGCAGCUAUUAGCAGCCCUGUGUUCACUGGAGAGUGGAAGGCCUCUGUUGCCAAAAACCUUGAUGCCCUGAUUAAAUCCUGUGUCGUGAUACCCUGUUCAUAUACCCAUGCUAAAGAUGAGCUGCCCCACUCCAGACUCAGGGGGAUCUGGCAUCUUCCAGCAGGCCUAGAUCAACGCAUCUAUCAUGAUGAUCAGACGACGAUCUUGGAAAACUACCGCGGCCGCACAAAGUUGUUGGGAAAUUUGGGCCAGGGCAACUGCACCUUGGAAAUGAUUGAAAUUAGAGAUGUUGACAAUGGCCCUUUCUGUUUUCGGAUUGAAUUAGUAGAAACAGGGACUGAAACAUCCAAAAUUGACAAGUUCUCCUUUGUUGACAGUUGCGUCAGCUUUAAAAUGAUCACUGAACCUCCAAAACCAACUCUGAUUCCACCAAAAAAAGCCAUUCAAGGUCAUCCCUACACCAUCACCUGUUCAGUCAUCCAUACCUGCCCCUCUCAUAUACCUCAACUGACAUGGAGUAGAGGCACUGCAGAGGAGAUCACUGAGGUUCACAGAGAAAUUUAUCAAGGUACCUGGGAGGCUCAGUCCACUCUGACGUUCAUCACUGAGGAGAAGGAUGACCACAAAGACAUCACCUGCACUGCUGAAUUCUUUGGAGGGAGGAAAUCCACUGAAAAACUUACACUUUAUGUAAAACGUACAGAAAACUAUAACCACAUCAUCAUUCCUGCUGUAGUGGGGAUUGGUACCGCUGUCAUCUUUGCAGGCCUCUGUAUUUUCAUGCUGAAAAAAUACAAGAAUCGCAUUGCAGAGCUCCAAAGUCAGGAAGGAACCGUGUGGAACCGGCUUUCCAGAAUGUCUCGGAGAAUCAAAUGGCAAGGCUAAAUAUGAGAAGUGAAAAAUUGAAUUUCACUGCUGUAGGUAAUCAAAGCAAAGGCAGUGGACAAACUUCUGAAAUGCUCAAAUUCUACCUGCAUCCUACAGUUUGUUUCUUUGGUUUUCAGCCGACAUUAAACUAAGACGCAAAUCAUUUUUGACAAACUUGCUUUUGCAUUAUUCAUAAAUCAGCUUUAGAGAAACACCAUUAUCUUAUUAGCAGCUUAAUAAGCAAUGACAUUGAUUUGUUAUGUCAGCACACAUGUUCAGUAUUCAUGAGGAGAAAAUACACGUUUUAGUUGUUAAGGUCAUACCAGGAAAAUAUAGGUGAGAAGCAAGUACAGGAUGCUCUGUCUUGUGUCUUUGUGAUUUUCACUGAACCUUCAUAAACCUUGACCUUAAAUGCAAAAACCUUUUAAAUCUCCAACUGACUAAAUCAAAUUAAAAUAUGUUGUAAAUCUGUUUUUCAUCUAAUAAUAACAACCUCCUGUUUCAGUUUUGUAAACCUUGAUCUUUUUACAUUAAAUCUUGGAUUGU